AUGAGACGUGGCCACAAUACACCUAAUCCUACAUGCCACUCUAUGCUUUUGAUUAUGCUUAUACAGUACUGCAUGUACAAAUGUUUGACCAAUUCAACAGUGAUCAGCUGUGGAGAUCCAGGUCCUGUUGCCAAUGGGAUUUACAUAGGGAAUGAGUUCACCUUCAACAAGACUGUUCAGUAUCACUGUAACCCAGGCCACGUCAUGGACACUGUCGGUUCAUCCGUGCUCCUCUGCACCAAGAACGGGUCUUGGAACCAAACCAAGCCUAACUGUAAAGGUAAUUCAACUUUGGUUAUGACUCAAUAAUACUUGUUGUUGGCUUACAAAGAAACAAACAUUUCUACUUUCAUUUCUUUACUGAGGGCUGAGAUGAGAAGGCGCAACCAGAGAAAUAUACUACAGAUAUCACCACACUCCAGAAUUUCAAGCACUCAGAGAUCAAAAGAACUCAAAAGUGUUUUGAUCCUGUUUGGAGUAGUUUCUCUACCUUUUUGGCACAGCGAGCACAAAUUAUUCACUUACACAGACCGAAGGGAUGUUAUCCAUGAAAUGUGUAGGAUCUGUGCUAUCAGAUGUCAGACUUGAAACGUGUGGAGAAAACGAUGCAUCCAGUUAGUGGUGCAAUGCAGACAAGCAUAGAGCAGGGAAGUCUCCUCCCAAGCAGAUUGACAGGCAGAGAGUGAAUGUGUGCACUUACAUAGAAUUUCCCACAGUAGCACUUUACCAGACAUGUGGUUAUAGACCAAUUGCAGUCCUGUGUGUGAAUACUGUUUUAAUAUGCCAGAAAUUCCUGCUUUUACAGAAUAGACAUCCAAUACCACAGCAUUUGCAAUGAUUUCUUUCAGAGUUAGAAUAUUUUAUCGUCUCAACGGGAAAUAACAGUUCAUGCAAUACCCUGCAUAUAAUCGAAAACAGAUACACAGACCAUAUCGGAUAUGUAUUGUGAUUAAUGGGACGUCUACUUCCGAAUUAACUAUAUUACUUGCCAUUAAUAGGCAAAUGAAAACACUUUCUCCCUGUGGAAGACAGAAUAUGAUCAUCAAAGAGGAUAUGAACCGCGAUAAAUCAUCCAUUCCCUUCUAGCACAUUAAAAGAUAUGUUUUGAGUUAACAUGCAGUACUUACUCACUGAAAAUCAUUACAUCCAUCCUGAUGAUAUUGUUUUGUCCCCACAUCAGUGAUCAUGUGUGACCGGCCUCCUGCUGUUCGCAAUGGGAAGGUUGAGGGGUCAGACUUGCAGUGGGGCUCCAGUGUCACCUACAGCUGUUUUGAUGGGUACCAGCUAUCCAGCCCUGGAAUCGUCUCAUGUGAGGGGAACGGCACAUGGCGAGGGGAGAUCCCUCAAUGUCUUCGUAAGUUGAAAAUCAAGUACCUUUAAGACUGAAAAUCUGAGCACUUGAUCUAAGCUUUAGUGCAAUGGCAGUGUUAUCAAAGCUUAGCAGUGUUUACCUAUUGCUCUGUUUGUGUUAAAAAAUAUUUUAUAGUAGACGCAUCAAAUUUAUGAAAGCAGUGCCUAUCAGUUUAAAGCAAAUUAAAUGUGCACACCUGGCCUACUUAUCCUUCCUAUAGCCCUGUUAAAGUUGUGCCGCUGGGGGGUGCAUGACCCGGCUAAACCCUCUGUGAAAUGCCAGAUUUGACAGGUUGGGAAACUGUUGUGACAGAUGCAAAAAGAAUGUCAACAUUUCCUAAAUUGAUCCCUCAAGUAUCCGCAGCUAGGGCUGCCCAUAACAUGAGCAUUACAAGAUACAUGGACGGAGUCUGCUGCUGCAGCCUGCAGGCCUUGAUCAUAAACCUCCUGACACGGUGCCAGAAGUAGUGCCAGAAUGUUCCAAAAUUCCAUGCACAGAGUGGGUUGUCAUGGAAAGUGGGUUGUCAUGGAAAGCCUGCAGGAGAGCCCACUCUGUGAUGAGUGUGAUAGGAGUCAGGCGCAGGAGGGUAAAUCACCGAAUACAGAGUUUAUUCCUUUCCGUCACAGUUGCGCUGGAUAGCGACAUACAAACAUAGGCACAGGGGAAACUCUCUACCCUGGCAAUCACGGUACGGAAAUACUCCAAACGAUAUACAAGCAUAGGGGAAUAAAUCUACCCCGGCAAUACAAUAAGAGAGUAGCUCAACCGAGCUACUCUACUCUCACAUGGAACAAUCACCCACACAGACAAGGGAGCAGAGGGGACACUUAUACACAGACUAAUGAGGGGAUGAGAACCAGGUGUGUGUGAUAACAAGACAAGACAAGUGGAGUGAUGAUAAUGGGAGCAGCAGUGGUUAGUAAGCCAGUGACGACGAACGCCGAAGCCUGCCCGAAGAAGGAGGGGAGGCCGCCUCCGUGGAAGUUGUGACACACUCUGUAAUAACAACUUCUCAUACUGUGGAUCUGAAACAGGUCUGAGUGACUUCCGCUGCUAAACUCUUUGUGGAACAUGUAUGUGGGGCAUUUCACAAACAUGAAAGACCUAUUAUGAAAAAGCAACUUGAAACCAUUGUACAGUAGGGGAGAACAGGUCUAGUUUAGCUACGGUGCUUUCUGUCUCUCACAACAAGAUUAUCUUUUUUUCACCUCGUAAUGUUGUAAUUCCAAGAGCCAUGUUAUGAAUGACUAGCUGGUCAGUUGUGCAAUUGAAAAAUUAUGAAUUAAGAUUCCGAAACCCACGUAACCCGGGGGAUGUGUGUGAUGUGAAGUGUGUGUGAUUUGAUUAAUGGUCUCUGUGCUUUGUUGUGCCUAGCUGUGCUGUGUGGAGACCCAGGCACCCCAGCAGAGGGUUAUGCUGAGGGGAAACAGUUCACCUACAGGUCAGAGGUCACCUUCUACUGCAGGGACCCCAACAUCCUGGUCGGGUCCUCCAGGAGAGUGUGUCAGGUGGAUGGGAGUUGGAGUGGAAUGCAGCCCUCAUGUAUAGGUGGGUCGUCCUGCCCAUUCAUACCAUAAUAAUAAUGCACAUCUGCUGCCAGUGGUGGAAAAAGUACCUUCAUAGAAAAUAACUCAAAUAAAAGUAAAAGUCACCCAGUAAAAUUCUACUUGAGUAAAAGUCUAAAAGUAUUUGGUUUAAAAUAUACUUAAGUAUCAAAAGUAAAUGUAAUUACAAAAAUAUACUUAAGUAUCAAAAGUAAAUGUAAUUACAAAAAUAUACUUAAGUAUCAAAAGUAAAAGUAUAAUUAAUUUCAAAUUCCUUAUAUUAAGCAAACCAGACGGCACCAUUUUCUUAUUUUUUUUAUUUACGGAUAGCCAGAGGCACACUCCAACAUUCCAACAUAAUUUACAAACGAAGCAUGUGUGUUUAGUGAGUCCGCCAGAUCAGAGGCAGUAGGGAUGACCAGGGAUGUUCUCUUGAUAAGUGCGUGAAUUUGACAAUUUUCCUGUCCUGCUAAGCAUUCAAAAUAUAACGAGCACUUUUGGGUGUCAAGGAAAAUUUAUGGAUUAAAAGGUACAAUAUUUUUUAAAGGAAUGUAGUGAAGUAUGUGGUCCUCUGUAGCUCAAUUGGUAGAGCAUGGCGCUUGUAAUGCCAGGGUAGUGGGUUCGAUCCCCGGGACCACCCAUAUGUAAAAAUUUAUGCACGCAUGACUGUAAGUCGCUUUGGAUAAAAGUGUCUGCUAAAUGGCAUAUUAUUAUAAGUAAAAGUAGUCAAAAAUAUAAACAGUAAAGUACAGAUACUACUGAAGUAGUAUUUUACUAAAGUACUUUACACCACUGUCUGCUGCCUUAGUUGUAGUGUGAUGUGGUGUAGUGUGGUCUGAUGUGGUGUAGUGUAGUGUGUUGUGUAGUGUGGUGUGCUGUGGUCUAGUGUGGUGUGGUGUGGUGUAGGAUAGUGUUUUGUAGUGUGGUGUAGUGUGGUGUCAUGUUGUUGAGUGUUUGCAUCUUUUCUUCAGUGAUGAUGAUGUUGGUAGUCAGUGAGCUAAACAUUUCAUUUUCUUUAGAUCCUGCAUAUAGCACAUGCAGAGACCCUGGAACACCAUCUAAUGGGAUACCAGUCACAUCCCAAGGAUUUGAGGUAAGGUCCUUACUUCUAGCGAUGUCAAAUUGUGGGUAAACAUACAGUAGAUCUUUGUAUUGUCAUUUGUGCUCAGAUCAUUUGCUAAAAUAGUCCAAAAUAGUAUUCUGGUCAGUCAAAGCAAUUCUCUGGUUGUUUUUAGACCAUUUAUAGUAAUGAGUCUUCUUCCGUUUUAGGUUGGAAGCAAAAUCUCCUUCAAAUGCCGUAAAAACUACCACAUACUGGGAUCUACAACAAGAACCUGUCUGGAAAAUUUGACAUGGAGUGGUGUGCAACCAGAAUGUAUCGGUAAGACUUUCUGAAAUAUUUGUUUUUGUGUGACAAGACAUUGUCAAGAAAACUGGAAAAAGUGUUUUAUUAAUCUGCCAGGUAUACAUUUUCUUAGCGUUGACUUGUUAAUGACUAAAGGGAGAGACACAGGCGGUAUAGAGGGGGGUAUGACAGCCAAAGGGAGUAGAGCAUUGGUUUAGAAAAUGUAACCCUUUCAUUUACUGCAUUCCAGAUCAUGGUAGUGUCAUGUUCUCCAGCUCUCUCCUUAAUAACUCUGCCCAGGAUUAUAGGUCUUGAGCUGUAUGUAUGGUUAAUAGAAAGAUCACAACGUAGAAACCAUUGAGGGAUGGUCAAAAGGGAAUUGACAUUUGAGAAAGGGCUGUGUGAUUCAUGGAGGGAAGUUAAGUAGGGAUUGCUGCCCUCAGCAAAGAAGAGAUAAAGUUAGCCAAGUUUAAGCUGUUCGUAUGUGAGUGGUAAAUCAGUGGGCGAUUUUGACAGCAUACCCCACGAAAUUCUUCAGGCGUCUCCUCCACAUAAAGCAGCUUCACUGUCAGAGGCUUGGGAGUGGGGAGGCUUAAAUUGACAACAGGAAAGUGUGAAGACUGAGUUCAUAUAUUAUGUUACAGAUGGAUAGCACCACUCUGGCCUUGUUUUAUAUGUUUGCUCCUGAUAGGAUUGCUUGAUCUCUACAUAACUCCAUGAUACUGGUGUGGGUGUGGGGCUGCUGUAUUCUGACCGGUAACGCUGGUCAGUGGUAGAGUGAAUGUAUUGUGUUUUACCAUGGUUUUUUCUUCUUCGUGCUUUCUUUUUUGUAGCCCAUGCCUGCAGACAGCCCGAGACACUGUCUAACAUUGACGUGAAGGCUAUUGAUCUACCAACUCUGGGCUAUACUUUGAUUUAUACAUGUCAGGACGGAUUCUUCCUGGCCGGGGGAUCAGAGCACAGGACAUGUAAACCUGAUGGAAAGUGGUCCGGAAAGCCACCUGUCUGCAAAGGUAUACUUAUGCACUGGAAUGUGCCUGUUAUUCAAAUGUCACUAUUUCCUGUGAACCAUUCACAACCUGAGGACAAUAAAUUAUACCAUUGGACAUAUACUUAGAUUAGCAGUUCAUCUGCUACUUGUAUGUGUCAAUCCUAUUUUCCCCGUACAUUGGUAUUCAACACAGUAGUUAAUUUGCUGUGUGCUCUGUGCUAGCUGAGAAUAUCUGGGUAAUUUAGUAUACAACAUUUCAGCAAUCAUCAAGUCUGAAUCGCUCUGGUAAAAUGUAGCCAAAAGAAAUUGUUGUCAUUACACGGCUACAAGCAGCAACUGGCAGUGAGUAGGUCACGUCCAUAAAUGUCAUGUAGUCAAUUAUUUCUUCCAUCUUUCAGUUGGGCCAAAAAUAAAUGGUAAAAAAGGAGUGGAGUCAGAUGUUCAGAAAAACAAGAUUGGUGGUACGUUAUCUUCUCUGAGUAAUUGGUUCAUGUUCAAAUGCUUGUCCAUUCAAUGUAACAUGUACUGUCCUUACUGUACAUCUGAGGUUUCUCUUAAUAAUGGCUGUACAGACGAUGGAUGACGCAAAAGCAAAGAAAAAUCUUGAUGAAUUAUGGUACCUUAUCUUGUUCUGGUCAUACAGUAUAACAUGAGUCUUUCUUUCCUUCAGUUCCUGUAGAUGUGUUUUCUUUAAACUUUGUCUGGACCGGGUUCUAUGAGUAUCUUGGGGCAAGAGAAGUUGCCACUAUUACUGUAAAUGGAUUUAAUGAAACAACCAGUAGAGUCAAUGCCACACUUCUGGAUCAGAGCAGAGUGCAGCUUAAACUUGCUGGUAAAGCACCAUACACAUGUUAACCCUGACGUUAUUUGAUUAGGCAAAUAUUACAGUGGAAGUCAACAUUACAACAGUAAACACCAACCGAUAACCCAAUUUCCGUUGUUUUCAGGAACGUACAAGAAGGAGGAAAACCAUUUGCUACUAAAGGUUUACCAGAUACGCGGUCCAACAGAGCAUCAUUUCAGUAAAUUCAAGAACGACAACUGGGCAAUGGAUGGCUACGUAAGUAUUUUAUUUGAAUUAAAUGAUCAAUAAAGGGCCUAAUGAUGGACUUCAAAGCUAAUCAGGAAACAUAACAAUAUUUUGUCAUCAAUACGCAGCUCUGGCACUAGGUUUUGUCUUCCAUACCCAACACAAGACACUGCAACUUAACAUUGUAUGGCCUAAUGCCCUAAAAUGAUUUGAAUGUAAAUAUGUCAGUUGAAGUUAUUGCUUGACUGUAGUUUUGUAAAGUUCAAAGAGAUAUCUUAAUGUGAACACUAUAGCAGUUAGUCACUUCAAAGGUGAUAGAGACACCGAUAAGCUGCAUGAGGACAAAGGAGGGAUAUGAGGUGAAUGGGUAAUAGCGAGAGCCGUGUAAUGGUUCUGCAUUUCAACUACUGUAUGCCCUGACAAAUCUGCAAAAAUCUAAUUUUGUUCCCCCUCUCUUUUGUGUUGGUUUAGGUGACCGCAGAGUCUGACAAGAAAACCUUUGUUUACCAGGGUCACAUUCAAAGCAAGGACUUUGGAAGAUUUGUACUAACAAGAGGAGGUACAAUCAUUGUGUGAUCUUAAUAAUAAACAAAAACGACAUGCACAGUUACAUUUUACUGAUGAUACCAUAGCUUUUACAUAAGUUACUCCAAGAAGUUUGACAACAAUGAUUGUACUGUUAUUCUUUAUUAGGUCUCUUUACAACAGACCUGGAGCCAUCAAAUCCCCCAUACUAUGGUACCAACAGCAGUUCAGUAGCAGCUGCCAUACUAGUGCCAUUCUUUGUCCUUAUUCUGUCAGGGUUUGCAUUUUACCUCUACAAACACAGGUAAGGAGUGCCGGCUAUUGGAUGUCUUGGUAACCUGCAUUGGUGAUGUUUGUCCAUAUAUGCUUGGACGUUAAGCGUCGUAGUCUCUUAUAAGUUAUGGGAAACUCCUGUGCCAAUUCACCAACGAUGAGUGAUCCUUAAAAGUUUCAGUUGAUAGAUCGUUACAUAACAAAAUCAAAUGUUAGAUGAGUGCGAAACAAAACGUUUACAAUAAAUUAGCAUUGGCGUUUUCCAAAGCUAACUGAACAAGCAAAAGAAAGAAAGUAUGUGACAUUAUUGUCAGAUAAAAUGGAAAUUACGCAAUAUUAAAGUACAUGAAAAAUUGACAGGGUACUUUCACAAGACACUGAUGACAAUGAGAGACCCAAAGACGUAAUCAGGGCGGGCGGCAGGUAAGAUAUAAGAAACUAAAUCACUAUAAGCAACAAUUCCUACUUCCACAUCGUCAUUAUCCUCUUUUACUUUUUUCAUUUUGUGAAAAAAAAAAAAAAUACAAUGUUUUAAAAUGUGUUAGGCACAAAUGAAUAUGUUGUGUUCUUUGAUCUCAUAUUGUCAUCUCGCUGUCAGCAUAUUUCUACCAACUGAAUGUUGUUCUAUUCGUUUUUUGUGUACAUUUGCCUAUAAGAUAUCAUGAGAAUCCAUUUGUUUUGUACUGUUAUAUUUACUGAAGUAUUGUGUUUUAACAUGAAUACAGAAUCAUGCUUAGAAAGUAUCUUCAUAUUCACAUAGAUAAAGAAAAUGUAUACUGUAAGUUUUAUUAACAUUUCACUCAUUUUGUAUGCCAAAUGCUACAAACCCAUAAAUGUCAGCUUUUGAAUACUGUCUUUUGACAAUGUUAUAAUUACAUCAUGUAGGAUCAGUCUGUUUUGAUAGUUAGAAUUUUUCUUCUGUGAUGAGGUGUGAAUGACGGAGUCAGGCGCACGAGGUAAACACCGAAAACAAGAGUUUAUUCAGUGUACAAUAAUGUAGCGAAUAUAGCGACAGAAUGAAACUAGCACAAGGGAAAAUCAACCUUGGCUGCAUACAAGUAAAGAGCUCAACCGAGCUACUCACUCUCACAACGAACAAUCACUCACAAAGGACAAGGGGGCAGAGGGAACACUUAUACACAGACUAAUGAGGGAAUGAGUACCAGGUGUGUGUGAUUGACAAGACAAGACAAAUGGAGUGAUGAUAAAUGGAGCGGUAGUGGCUAGUAAGCCGGUGAUGCCGAACGCCGAAACCUGCCCGAGCAAGGAGGAGGGGCAACCUCGGCUGAAUUCGUGACAGUAUCCCCCCCUUUGACGCGCAGCUCCAGCAGCGCGCCGACACUGGCCUCAGGGAUGGCCAGGAGGACGCGGAGCAGGGCGAGUCGGAUGGCGACGAUGGAAGUCUCUCAGCAGAGAGAGAUCGAGGAUAUCCCUCACCGGGACCCAGCACCGUUCCUCCGGACCGUACCCUUCCCAUUCCACGAGGUACUGAAGGCCCCCCACCCGGUGCCUCGAAUCCAGGAUGGACCGGACAGAGUACGCCAGCGCCCCCUCGAUGUCCAAAGGAGGUGGAGGGACCUCCCGCACCUCAGACUCAUGGAGCGGACCAGCCACCACCGGCCUGAGGAGAGACACAUGAAACGAGGGGUUAAUACGGUAAUCAGGGUGGAGUAAUAACCUAUAUGUGACCUCGUUGAUUCUCCUCUGGACUUUUAACGACCCUACAAACCGCGGGCUCAGCUUCCGGCAGGGCAGGCGGAGGGGCAGAUUCCGGGUCGAGAGCAAAGACGGGGGCCUCACUGAGGUGACGGUCAGCGAUGGCCUUCUGACGACGCACGCCGCACGCCGCGUUGGAGGUGAACAUGUGCAGCGUUCCAUGUCUCCUCCGCGCGCCGAAACCAGUCAUCCACCGCAGGAGCUUCGUCUGGCUCUGGUGCCACGGUGCCAGAACCGGUUGAUAACCUAAAACACACUGAAAUGGCGUUAGGUUCGUAGAGGAGUGGCGGAGAGAGUUCUGGGCAUAUUCUGCCCAUGGCAGGAACACCGACCACUCCCCCGGCCGGUCCUGGCAAUAGGACCUCAGGAACCUACCGACAUCCUGAUUAACCUGUUCCACCUGCCCAUUACUCUCAGGGUGGAACCCAGAGGUCAGGCUGACCGAGACUCCCAGACAUUCCAUGAACGCCUUCCAGACUUUUUACGUGAACUGGGGACCUCGGUCAGACACUAUAUCCUCUGGUACCCCAUAGUGCCGGAAGACGUGUGUAAACAGGGCCUCCACAGUUUGCAGAGCCGUGGGGAGACCGGGCAGAGGAAGGAGGUGGCAGGCCUUCAAAAAGCGGUCCACAAUGACCAGGAUGGUGGUGUUCCCUUGAGAGAGAGGCAGAUCAGUUAAAAAAUCAACACUCAAAUGAGACCAUGGUCGUUGUGGAACUAGUAAAGGUUUUAACUUACCCGCUGGGAGGUGCCUAGGUGCCUUACUAUGGGCGCACACUGAGCAGGAGGAAACAUACACCCUCACGUCUUUAGCCAAGGUAGGCCACCAGUACUUUUCGGUCAGGCAGCGCACUGUAUGACCGAUACCUGGGUGACCAGAGGAGGGUGACGUGUGCCCAGUAGAUCAGACAAUCACGGAUAAGCGCAGGCACGUACUGCAGCCCAGCUGGAUACUGCGGUGAAGAUGGAUCUGUGCGUAAUGCCUGCGCUAUAUCCGCAUCCAUCGCCCAUACUACCGGCGCCACAAUGCAGGAGGCCGGGAGUAUGGGGGUGUUGUCUCUGGGCCUCUCCUCUGUAUCAUACAGCCAGGACAGUGCGUCUGCCUUCACGUUCUUCGUACCCGGAAUGUAUGACAGUGUGAAAUCAAACCGGGUGAAGAAUAGGGCCCACCUGGCCUGGCGAGGGUUCAGCCUCCUCGCUGCCCAGAUGUACUCCAGGUUACGGCGGUCCGUCCAGACGAGGAAUGGGUGUUUCGCCCCCUCGAGCCAAUGUCUCCACACUGUCAGAGCUUGGACAACAGCCAACAGCUCCCGAUCACCAACGCCGUAGUUCUGCUCCACCGGGCUGAGCUUCUUUGAAAAGAACGCAUAGGGGCGGAGCUUGGGUGGCGUGCCUGAGCGUUGAGACAGGACUGCUCCCAUCCCAACCUCGGACGCAUCCACCUCCACUGGAUCGGGGUGGGCCAGUACCGGGGCCGAGGGGAACAGUUCCCUCAGGUUACUGAAGGCCAGGUCAGCCUCAGCAGACCAGCGGAGCCGGGACGGCCCACCCUUCAACAGAGAUGUAAUGGGAGCUGCGACCUUGCCAAAGCCCUGGAUAAACCUCAGAUAAUAGUUGGCGAAGCCAAGGAAGUGCUGCACCUCCUUUACCGUGGUUGUAGUCGGCCAAUUACGCAUGGCUGCAAUGUGGUCGCUCUCCAUCUCCACACCUGUGGUAGAAAUGCGAUAUCCAAGGAAAGAGACGGACUGCUGGAAAAACGUACACUUUUCUGCCUUAGCAUAAAGGUCAUUUUCCAACUGUCAGGCCAGUACUUUUGCGAACCAGGGACACAUGCUCGGCACGCGUAGCGGAAUACACCAAGAUGUCGUCGAUGUAGACCACUACACCGCGACCAAGCAUGUCCCGAAACACUUCAUUCACAAAGGACUGGAAGACUGAGGGAGCAUUCAUCAAACCAUAGGGCAUCACCAGGUAUUCAUAAUGCCCAGUGGUUGUGCUGAAUGCUGUCUUCCAUUCAUCUCCCUCUCGGAUACGCACCAGGUUGUACGCACUCCUGAGAUCUAAUUUAGUGAAGAAGCGCGCUCCAUGCAAUGACUCAACCACUGACGGAAUGAGGGGGAGAGGAUAACUAAAUCUAAUCGUCUCCUUGUUCAGUGGUCGAUAGUCAAUGCACGGGUGCAGACCGCUGUCUUUCUUCUUCACAAAAAAAAAACUUGAGGCAGGUGAAGUGGAGGGAUGUAUGUACCCCUGGCGCAGGGACUCGGUGACAUAUGUCUCCAUAGCCUCCGUCUCCGCCUGCGACAGGGGAUACACAUGACUCCUGGGAGGUACAGCGUCUACCCGAAGGUUUAUUGUGCAAUCCCCCGCCCGAUGAGGUGAUAAUUUAGUUGCUUUAUUUUUAGAGAAGACUUGGUUGCACCAAUGGAAACACCCAUACACCUACCCUGACACUCUCGCGACCACCCCGUGAGAACCCUCUCCAGCCAUGAGAAAGCGGGGUUGUGGAGUGCUAGCCAUGGAAUACCUAACACCACAGGGAAAGCAAGAGACUCAAUUAUGGAAAAAGUGACCUGCUCACAAUGCGUCUCCUGUGUGAUAAUGGUGACUGGUACCGUGACUUCCUUUAUCAACCCGGACCCUAAUGGUCGACUAUCAAGUGCUCUAAUGGGGUGUGGAAUGGAUAGGGGAACUAAUGAAAUGCCCUGGGGGCGUGCACAAGGUUUGUCCAUAACGUUCCCAGCUGCGCCUGAAUCGACUAGUGCCUUACACUGAGGAACUCUCAUGUGAUCAGGGAAGUAUAUGGGUAUAGUACAGUGCUCAGCAGGCUCUGAACAAGAGUGGGUGCUCAAUACCUGGGGUGAUGCGAGAGUGCCCUGCCGGCCGCCUCCUGACCCAAAAGAGCUGACGACAACGUGUGGUGGAAUGUCCCUUCGUGCCAUCCGAGUGGCACUGGCGCUGUUGUCCUCCGCUCUCUCGGUGCGCGGUACCACCCAGCUCCAUGAGCUCUGGAUCUGCAUCGGUCGGGGUGGGAACGGGCAGACCUCCUCCAGGACGUCCUCUGGUUUCCAGCAGGUUUUCCAGACGAAUGGCCAUGUCCACCAGUUCGGUAAAAGACAAACUGGUGUCACGGCAGGCUAGCUCCCGUUGGACGUCCUCCCGUAGAUGGCACCGGAACUGGUUGAUCAGGGCCCGCUCGUUCCACCCGGACCCUGCUGUCAGGAUCCGGAACUCCAGCGCGAACUCCUGUACUGUCCUUGUCCCCUGCCUCAAGUGGACCAGCUGCUCACCCGCCCCUCGACCCUCGGGCAGGUGAUCGAAAACCGCCCGAAAUAGGCGGGCGAACUCCCUGUAGUCCUCCAACGUGGCUCCUCCUUCUCUCCAAACCGCGUUGGCCCACUCCAGGGCUUUCCCCGAGAGGCAGGAAAUGAGGACGGACACCUGCUCUCGAUCUGAUGGCGCCGCCCUGACACUGGAGCAGUACAGCUCCAGUUGGAGAAGGAAUCCCUGACAUAGAGCCGGCGUCCCAUCGAACAGCCGAGGUCGGGAUAUCUGAUACCUCCGGGUGCUGUGAUGUAGGUCGCUGGAUCCGGUUGGACAGCUGGUCUCGACAGAUCGGUUCCUCUCCUCUCCAGGCGUUGGACGACCUGAAGAACCCGAUCCAUCGCUUCCCCCAAGCUGGCCAGCAUCGUGGAAUGCUCCUGGAACCUUGCCACGAUUCCAGGUGUGCGCUCUUCUCCCGCUGACUCCAUAGCGGGUGAGUGAUUCUGUGAUGAGGUGUGAAUGACGGAGUCAGGCGCAGGAGGUAAAACACCGAAAUCAAGAGUUUAUUCAGUGUACAAUAAUGUAGCGUAUAUAGCGACAGAACGAAACUAGCACAAGGGAAAAUCAACCUUGGCUGCAUACAAGUAAAGAGCUCAACCGAGCUACUCACUCUCACAACGAACAAUCACUCACAAAGGACAAGGGGGCAGAGGGAAUACUUAUACACAGACUAAUGAGGGAAUGAGUACCAGGUGUGUGUGAUUGACAAGACAAGACAAGACAAAUGGAGUGAUGAUAAAUGGAGCGGUAGUGGCUAGUAAGCCGGUGAUGCCGAACGCCGAAACCUGCCCGAGCAAGGAGGAGGGGCAACCUCGGCUGAAUUUGUGACAUCUUCUUUCUUUCUGUAUAGAAUUUUGCAUACCCAUAUUAUACAUGUUUAGCCACUAGGCUUUAUUCCACUUACAUAUGUAGGAUCUUAAUUUGAUCACCGUUUUGCAGUAUAACUUGUAGUGUAUUUCAGGUUUAAAAUGGCUUCUGAAGUUUGAAAUGUCCACUUUGAAAUUUCUUACUUCAUUUUCCCUUACAGAAAAAGUAUCAACCCCUAUAAAAAUGUAAAUGAAUUAUAAUCCACAUAAUAAUUCACGUUUCCAGUUGCUGCAGGAUUAUUUUCCUGCUGUAGAAAACUGGCUCAAAUUAAGAUCCUACAUCUGUACUCUACCGCGUUCAUACUCCCACAGACACUUUGCAAGGCUUUGGAAACGUGUUGGUGAAAAUGCAGAGGUAUUCUCCACACAUGCAGAUAGAUCCUGCUUUAACCAUGCCUUGAUGUGGGAUCAGUUGAUGGACUUUUUAUAGCCACACAAAGUUCAUGUAGAAGACACUAAACCCUCCAGGUAGUCACUUAACCUGCAUUUGUCUUACUUAGUGAGAUUUGUAAGGUAAUGGAAGGAACAUUACGUUUACUGCACUGUUGGAGCUAGGAACACAAGCAUUUCGCUACACUCGCGAUAACAGCUGUGUACGCGACCAAUACAAUUUGAUUUGAUUCAAAGUAAAGAUUUACAAAAUGCUCCUGGGAAUCAAGGUCUUUACAUUGAUCUUAUAUUGAAGAUUAAAAACAGGUCAGUGAGAGCUGAAACAUAUUUUCCUUAGCUAUGGGUUUUAUUACUUCUUAUUUGGUAUAUUUGAAGAUGCAGUUACAAUAAUGUACAGAGAUUCCUCAAGUGGGAAAGAGUUUUUGCUUCGUCAUUGCACUUUUUGCUAUUCAUUAACAUCCCUUCAUGAAACAAAGUCACAUUUGUCUGAUAAGUAAAAAAAAACAGUCAUAGCUAGUAGAGUUACAGUGGGGGAAAAAAGUAUUUAGUCAGCCACCAAUUGUGCAAGUUCUCCCACUUAAAAAGAUGAGAGAGGCUUGUAAUUUUCAUCAUAGGUACACGUCAACUAUGACAGACAAAAUUAGAAAAAAAAAUCCAGAAAAUCACAUUGUAGGAUUUUUAAUGAAUUUAUUUGCAAAUUAUGGUGGAAAAUAAGUAUUUGCUUCACAGUAGGUAUGGUGUUCUUUGGAUGCAACUCAGCAUUCUUUUUCCUCCAAACACGACGAGUUGAGUUUUUACCAAAAAGUUAUAUUUUGGUUUCAUCUGACCAUAUAACAUUCUCCCAAUCCUCUUCUGGAUCAUCCAAAUGCACUCUGGCAAACUUCAGACGGGCCUGGACAUGUACUGGCUUAAGCAGGGGGACACGUCUGGCACUGCAGGAUUUGAGCCCCUGGCGGCAUAUUGUGUUACUGAUGGUAGGCUUUGUUACUUUCGUACCAGCUCUCUGCAGGUCAUUCACUAGGUCCCCCCGUGUGGUUCUGGGAUUUUUGCUCACCGUUCUUGUGAUCAUUUUGACCCCAUGGGGUGAGAUCUUGCGUGGAGCCCCAGAUCGAGGGAGAUUAUCAGUGGUCUUGUAUGUCUUCCAUUUCCUAAUAAUUGCUCCCACAGUUGAUUUCUUCAAACCAAGCUGCUUACCUAUUGCAGAUUCAGUCUUCCCAGCCUGGUGCAGGUCUACAAUUUUGUUUCUGGUGUCCUUUGACAGCUCUUUGGUCUUGGCCAUAGUGGAGUUUGGAGUGUGACUGUUUGAGGUUGUGGACAGGUGUCUUUUAUACUGAUAACAAGUUCAAACAGGUGCCAUUAAUACAGGUAACGAGUGGAGGACAGAGGAGCCUCUUAAAGAAGAAGUUACAGGUCUGUGAGAGCCAGAAAUCUUGCUUGUUUGUAGGUGACCAAAUACUUAUUUUCCACCAUAAUUUGCAAAUAAAUUCAUAAAAAAUCCUACAGUGUGAUUUUCUGGAAUUUUUUUUCUCAAUUUGUCUGUCAUAGUUGACGUGUACCUAUGAUGAAAAUUACAGGCCUCUCUCAUCUUUUUAAGUGGGAGAACUUGCACAAUUGGUGGCUGACUAAAUACUUUUUUUCCCCACUGUAUAUAACGUAAAUGUAUUAACACUUUUUAUUAGUUAUAUAACGUAAAUGUAUUAACACUUUUUAUUUGUUUACCUUUCAGAACAAGACCAAAAGUACAAUAUAAUGGCUACACCGGUCAUGAAAACACAAAUGGACAAGCGUCGUUUGAAAACCCUAUGUAUGACACAAACAUGAAACCCACUGAGGCGAAAGCUGUGAGGUUUGAUACAACUCUGAACACAGUCUGCACAGUGGUAUAG